AAAAAGGUUUGUGGUUCAAUACCCAUAAAUUAAAAAUCCUACCUAAGCCUUUGUAGUAAGGAUAGUAGAGGUAUAAUCCAUCUGAAUUAAGGGUGAAAAUGCUAGUUAAAGCCAGCGGCGGAUUGCGAACACCCUUAGCAAAAAAUUACAGUGUAUAUAUAGGGUAAGUUUUCUAUGUUUAUGUACAUAUAUUAACUUUUGAACACCCUAAAUAAAUGUAAAAGGUUAGCUUUAAGCAGUUCAAGGUGUUCAAAAUUGUCAUGUGUCCUAGGUUCGAUUCCCAUUGACAACAUUAUUUUUUAUAUUUAGCUUUUGUUAUUUUUUUCAAACCCCUGAGUGAAAAUCCUGAAUCCGCCACUGGUUAAAGCUUAAGAAAAGAACACUUGCCCUGCUGAAUAUAUAUAAAAUAUAUAACCAUUUAGAUUAUUUUUUUCAAACCCCUGAGUGAAAAUCCUGGAUCCGCCACUGGUUAAAGCUUAAGAAAAGAACACUUGCCCUGCUGAAUAUAUAUAAAAUAUAUAACCAUUUAGAUUAUUUUUUUCAACUAUAACCAUAUAGAUACCAGCACCAUACUUUUGCAUCAUCUUCAACUUUAAGGGUAUCAAAAACUUUGAUUGUCCAAAAGAAAUACUCAUGGACUCACCUCAUAAGCCAAGGCAUCUUUCCCCAAAUCUGUUCUUUUUCUUCCUUCUUGUGUCCUCAAAUCUUAUAACUUUUUUCAUUUCUAACGCCUUUAAGAACUCUUCUUGUUCAUUAUACCAACAAACAUAUAGUUCCAUUUCCACUGCUUCAUCAUUUAAUACUCCUAUCCCUUUAGUUGUUGAGCCAGCAACUAGAGAUGAUGAUGUUCAAAUAUCUGAUCUUCCACCUGAGUUCCUUGCUUUCACAUCUCCACACAAACUACCAUUUGGAUUCAACACAAACUUUGAUUCUGACAAAAUCAUCCCUCCGGUGGGGCGCCCGUGCACCAUGUUUCCGGAUUUACUUCGUCGUUACAUGUCAUACAAUGUCAAUGGUUCUUGCCCUGAUGACGAGCUCCUGGCACAGAAGCUGCUUCUCAAAGGUUGUGAGCCUCUCCCUCGCCGCAGAUGUCGUCCUGCUUCUCAGCAGGAAUAUGUUGAGCCUUACCCUCUUCCUGAGAGUUUAUGGACUACACCAUCGGAUUCAUCUGUAGUUUGGACAGCAUAUACAUGCAAAAGCUAUGAAUGUCUUAUCAUCAGGAUGAAAACUCAGAAAGGAUUUGAUGAUUGCAAAGACUGCUUUGAUCUCAAUGGCAGAGAGAAAAACCGUUGGUCGUCGACAAAGGGAGCUGGCCUAGACUUCUCUAUUGAUGAAGUACUAGCGGUGAAGAAGCCUGGUACAAUCAGAAUAGGGCUUGAUAUCGGAGGCGGUGUAGCUACGUUUGCUGUAAGAAUGAGAGAAAGGAACAUAACAAUAUUAACAACUUCAAUGAAUCUCAAUGGCCCUUUCAAUACAUUUAUAGCAUCAAGAGGAGUCGUACCUUUGUACAUAAGCAUUUCACAGAGACUUCCUUUCUUUGACAACACACUGGAUAUAGUGCACUCAAUGCAUGUGCUGAGUAACUGGAUACCAACAACACUACUUCACUUCUUGUUUUUCGACAUCUAUAGAGUGCUUCGGCCUGGUGGGCUGUUCUGGCUUGACCAUUUCUUCUGUGUUGGUGAGGAAUUUGAGCAAGUCUAUGCUCCCCUUAUAGAGAGCAUCGGGUUCCAUAAGGUCAAGUGGAUCGUAGGGCGAAAGAUGGACAGAGGGCCUGAGCUGAAUGAGAUGUACCUUUCAGCACUGUUGGAGAAGCCACUCAAGAAUUCUUGGUGAUAGUAUUAGAUGUUUAUUUUACUUUCUUACUUUGAUAGAAAUAGAAGACAUGAAAGGAGGAGGUGAUUUUUUUUUUUUUUUUUUUUUUUGUUUAAUAAAGUCAUGAAUUCGUUUCAGAUGACAUCUCCAGAUAUAAACUAACAAUUUGAGUAACUUGAGUAUGAUUUUGUAAUGUUUGUGGCUAAACCAUUUCCAAGCAAUAGUUAAAAAAGCUUCAUAAACUCCGCCUGUGUGAGCUCGCUCACAUUGCCGGUCCCAAGCCCGGAUAAAGGAGGAGGGUUGCCGAGGGUCAAUCGGAAACAGCCUCCCUACCCAGGUAGGGGUAAGGCUGCGUACAUCUUACCCUCCCCAGACCCCACUAUUGUGGGAUUACACUGGGUAGUGACCAAGUU